AUGGCUCCAGAUCCACCACCAAAGAAGCGCAAGACCAAAACUACUCCGGUUCAGGACUUGCCAGAGGCACACACCGCCUACGUCGAAUGGGCAAUCGCUCGUGGUAUCGAGAUUAAUGGAGUGACCCCGGCUGUGCUGCCGGGCAGAGGCAUCGGCCUGCUGGCAAAAGAAAAGAUAGCCAAAGACGCAUUGCUUAUCUUUGUACCCGAAAAGGCCAUGAUCAAGCCUGAGUUGCCCGUUCUCCGCAAGCACAAGUUGAUAAAGCUAUCUUCGCAGGCUCAGCUAGCCGCAUAUCUUACCCUGGAGUGGAAGAGCCAGUCAUCCACAUACGUUGCUUCGAGAGCUGCUUGGCCAACACCAGAAGAUUUUGCCUCUUGUAUGCUUGCCUGGUCUCCGAAGGAUGGACUCGAAGACGUGCUACGGAAAUGGGCCCCACCAAGUGUACAAAGACCACUGGACCGCAUGCUGUCAGACCUGGAAAGAGACAUCGAAUCUGUAAAACACAUGCACGCUCCCGAUGAUCAAGCAUUUGAGCGGGAGUUCCUAUAUCACUGGAUGCUCGUGAAUACGCGUAGCUUUCAUUGGAAACCUCAGGGUGUUACUCAAGGUGCAAUGAUCAUGAAUCCUGCACUUGAUUACAUGAAUCAUUGUCCGAACGGUCAAGGGUGUCAAGUCACAAUGUCGCAAGACGGAUAUGAGUUGAGAGCAAACCGGGGCUAUGAAUCUGGAGAAGAAAUAUUGGCUACAUACGGAGCCCACUCGAAUGACAAGCUCCUUGUGCAUUAUGGUUUUAUCCUUCCUCAGACCAGUCUAGAUGACGAUGAGAUUCGUCUGGACCAUGUAAUACUACCCCGCUUGAGUGAGAGCCAGCAGAAUGCUCUUCAGGACGUUGGGUUUUUCGGCGGCUAUGCUCUGCUCCCAAGCACUGGUGAAUUGUGCUUCAAGACGCAAGUCGCCGUGCGUUCCGUGCUCUUGACGGCUAACGAGUGGGAGCAUUUCAUGGGCUCUGGCGAAGAUCUCGCAGAUGACAAGGAAAACGAUGUGCAAGAUUGGCUGAAGCCUUGCCUCCAAUCAUAUGUCGAAGAAGCGAAAGAAGCUGUCGAUGCCUUGAAAUCUCUCUCGGAAGAGAAGACGGGUGAUCUUGCAAACAAACUCCAACUCUUGCGGGCCAGAUGGGAACAAAUCCAGUUGGCACUAGAAGAUUUCCUGGGAUGA